UAGCUCGGUGAAGAAGAGCGGGGAGGGGAUUGAGGAAGACUAUUCGGGCCAGGCCGCUCCAGCUUGGGGGAAUGUGAGCCAGAGGUGUGCUGGGGGUUUGCUCGCUUCGUCCCAAACGUCCUUACGCCAAACUACCGGGAUGGGACAGCAGGUAGGCCGUGUCGGUGAGGGCACAUCGACCGGACUCCAGCCACCACAGCCCCACGCGCCCCAACCGCACCAAGGGAAGGGGAAUCGGGGGAGCGGCGCCGGGAGGAGACCCCGAGAACCCGGCAGUAGCACCGGGACACCGCCAGGCAGGGCUGCUGCAGUCAACGUGCCCGACCCAGGGAUCAAUAUAUUCACGCAGCAUUCAGAAGCUCUCCACCGGCCGUUCGGCCUGGAUUCGGCGGCACUGACGGAGGCGGUGCGCUGGAGCUCCAAGGAGAACCUGCUGGGGGCGGCCGAGAGUGACCCUAACCUCUUUGUUGCACUUUAUGACUUUGUCGCCAGCGGAGACAACACGCUCAGCAUCACUAAAGGUGAGAAGCUGCGUGUGCUGGGCUACAACCAGAAUGGAGAAUGGAGUGAAGUGCGCUCAAAAAACGGCCAGGGUUGGGUGCCCUCCAACUACAUCACGCCAGUAAACAGCCUGGAGAAGCAUAGCUGGUACCAUGGGCCCGUGUCACGUAGCGCCGCAGAGUACCUGCUCUCAUCCCUCAUCAACGGCAGUUUCCUAGUCCGGGAAAGCGAGAGCAGCCCAGGGCAGCUGUCAAUUUCUCUCCGCUAUGAGGGGAGAGUGUACCACUACCGGAUCAACACAGCCUCUGAUGGAAAGGUGUAUGUGACGUCUGAGAGCCGUUUUGCCACCCUGGCCGAGCUGGUCCACCACCACUCCACCGUAGCCGAUGGCCUGGUCACCACCCUGCACUACCCGGCACCCAAAUGUAACAAACCCACAGUAUACGGUGUGUCACCUAUCCAUGACAAGUGGGAGAUGGAACGCACAGACAUCACCAUGAAGCACAAGCUGGGAGGAGGCCAGUAUGGGGAGGUCUAUGUGGGAGUGUGGAAAAAGUACAACCUCACGGUGGCUGUCAAAACACUCAAGGAGGAUACCAUGGAAGUUGAAGAAUUCCUGAAAGAGGCCGCUGUUAUGAAGGAGGUUAAACACCCAAACCUUGUUCAGCUACUUGGUGUGUGUACGCUGGAGCCUCCGUUCUACAUCGUGACCGAGUACAUGCCACACGGCAACCUGCUUGACUACUUGAGAGAUUGUGACAAAGAGGAGGUGAAUGCUGUGGUGCUGCUCUACAUGGCUACACAGAUCUCCUCUGCCAUGGAAUACCUGGAGAAGAAGAACUUCAUACACAGGGAUCUUGCAGCGAGGAACUGCCUGGUCGGGGAGAAUCAUGUCGUGAAGGUUGCAGACUUUGGUCUGAGCAGGUUGAUGACUGGCGACACCUACACUGCCCAUGCUGGGGCCAAGUUCCCCAUCAAGUGGACUGCACCAGAGAGUCUUGCAUACAACACCUUCUCCAUCAAGUCUGAUGUCUGGGCAUUCGGGGUGCUGUUAUGGGAAAUUGCCACCUAUGGCAUGUCGCCAUACCCUGGCAUCGAUCUGUCUCAGGUCUAUGACCUCCUGGAGAAAGGUUACCGCAUGGAACAGCCUGAGGGAUGUCCACCUAAAGUCUAUGAACUCAUGAGAGCAUGUUGGCAGUGGAGUCCAUUAGACCGGCCUUCGUUUGCAGAGAUCCACCAAGCCUUUGAAACAAUGUUCCAUGACUCCAGCAUCUCUGAAGAGGUCGCAGAGGAGCUCUGUAAGACUGCUUCCUCUGGUCACUGUGGACCACUGCACUCUUUCAGUCACGACAUGCCCCUGUUGCCUUCCAAAUCUCGCACACUCCACAAGCACACAGAAAACAAGGAAAACAUUGAGGGUGGACUCGACGGACGACCUGACCACGGCUCGCACGGUCACUCAGGCUGGGCUUCUACUUUGUUUGGAGGGGACGGACGAUCAGGCAGCUCCCCGGCGUUGCCCAGAAAACAGCAGCCACGAGAUAAAUCUCCCGCCAGCCUUUUAGAGGAUGCACAGGAUAUGGGCACAUUUACACGAGAUCGCAAGACUGGCUUCUUUAGCUCCUUCAUAAAGAAGAAAUCUUCCUCCUCUUCCUCCUCACCAUCCUCCCAGCUACAACAGAACCUCCCAACGCCACCCAAGAGGAGCAGUUCUUUCCGGGAGAUGGAAACACAGCCUCACAAGAAAUACGAGCCUACUGCUGAUUUCAGCGCUCCUCCUCCCCUACCCCAGUCAGACAGUCUUGGUGGCUUUUCUGCCUCUCCCUCUCACUCGCAUGGGGAACCCACCCAGGGUCAGUCACGCUGCUGUGGGGCUGCUUUUGGACAGAAACCCUCUGGUGGCGGGCUUGGUUCACAGGUGACGAGUGGCAGCAGUUGGAGUGGGUUGGCUGGUUUUUUCACCCCUAGACUCAUCAAAAAAACCCUGGGCCUACGGACAGGAAAGACAACCUCUUCAGAGGAUGGUGGAAGUAUAGCUGGAGGGCCUAAACCCUUCCCUAGGUCUAAUUCUACCUCCUCCAUGUCUGCUGGGCUGCCAGACCUGGAGCGCAUGGCUCUGACUUUACCCAGGAACCGCAGUGCAAAACCCCCUCUCGAGAGGACUGCCUCCACCACCUCCCAGCCAGAGAAUGGGGCUGCACGACCCUCAGAAACUCUGCUGAGGAGGAUGGAUGAAGGGACCGCACAGAUCAGGGAAAGGCCCAAAGCCAAGCUACUACCCCGGGGCACUGCUGUCGGGGUGAGGGCACCAGGGGUUGGGGGGGAGGUGGGGGAAUCAGACAGUCUGUCUCGGGUCAGAGAGGGUAGAGAGGAGAGUGGGGGAGGUCUAGACAGGCAGCAGAGUUGGCCAUCUCCCUCUAAGACUUCUAGUGCUUCAUCGGCUGCAGCAGGUGCACCAACUCACAACCACAAAGUUCCAGUCUUGAUCUCCCCCACGUUGAAGCACAGCCCUGCUGAUGUGCACCUGGUUGGGCUAGACUCUCAGGGGAACCGCUUCAAACUGCUGUCUGAGCACCAAGCAGACCGGGACAGACCGCGACUUGUAAAACCCAAGUGUGCUCCUCCUCCCCCUCCCACCCUGCGCAGCCUGCAACACUCCUACAGCGGCGACGGAGAGGAGCAGGUGGGAGGAGCACCUGUGGAAGUAAACGGAGACACAUUGAAAGGUCACAGGUCAGGGCGAACAUCAGGAGGAGCGACGACGGGCAGACCGUCAGUGCCACCACCACAAGUGCCUCCUGCAUCCUCCUCCUCCUUUUCCUCAUCUUGCUCCACCACCACCAACACGACUCCCACCAAAAUGGCAAACGGAGCCACCACCACUGCCUCCUCCUCGCACACAGCACUGUCUGCCGGUUCCAAAGUGGCACUUCGGCGGACCAGGCAACAAGCGGAGAGGGUGCCCCUGGAGCGGGUUAGUCGUGAGGCCCUGCUGGAGUGUGCUGAGUGCCUGAGCAGCGCCCUCCACGCCAGCUCCGAAAGCCCCGCCAGCAGCCAGGUGCUGGACGCUGGCCACCAGCUGCUAGACUACUGCUCAGGUUACGUGGACUGCAUCCCUCAGAUGAGGAACAAAUUUGCCUUCCGAGAGGCAGUGGGGAAGCUGGAGCUCAGCCUGCAGGAACUGAGGGCCUCGUCCUCAGGAGGUGGAGGGCUGAGCAGUGUGGGGCCCAACACUGUACUGGACAACCUGCACAGCUGUAUUAAAGAGAUUAGUGACGUAGUACAGAGGUAGCUACUGUGACACCGACUGUCACCUCUAACUACCCAACAGAUCGCUUAUAUUCCCUUUUUUAUGUUUCUGGUUCUAUUGACAGCUUUUUUGGGGACGAAAUGAGACAAAAUCUCGACAGUACCUCAGAGAAAUCACUACAAAAUGUAAUCUUUUUAUUGUUUACAAACAACCGUUUCAUAAAAUGCCAGUGUGGACACUAAUUUUGCUCUGACCUGUACAUAUUCAGAAAUGUUUAUACCAACCUAAAUGUGGUUUAAGUCACACCAUGAAAUGUUUGGCCCCACAUCUCCACCAGGCCUCAAUAAAGGCCUCUGUUUAAUGAAUGUCAAGUGUAUCAGCUGUGUGUAGCCAGCCCAGAGAGCAUGUCAAAGCUCACUCUGCUUAUCUGUCAGUCUGUCACAUACUGAGCGAGAAUGGUGGUGGUUGUGCCCAGCCUUACUGAGAAUACUAGACAACUGUUUUCACUGACUAAGCUCGAACAGUGUUUCACAAAUGCGUGAAUCAUCAGUUGAGUGUGCUGUGUUUCACAGGAGAGUAUUUUGCUCAGUGUCUGGGAAACUGAGUGACCAUAAGCCAUUUUUUUUAAAGCCAUUGUUUUCUAAAGGAUUGGAAACAAGAUUGGCAUCAGGAUUCAGCAUGAUUUAAGGUUUUGGGGUCUCAAUUUGACACUUUUAUUUUGUGUGUAGAAGUUUGCUUUUUUUUCUUUCAAUUUCAUUUCAUAGACUGUAACUGUCAGUCAAUAUUUUUAAGUAGGUGGACAAAUGUGAUAAAUUUAAAAAUCUCCCCAAAACUGCUCUUGUUGGUACCGGAUUAAAUGCUUGUUUUUAAGAAUAAUCUUUAGAGAAUAAUCAAUUGUUUUGAUGCUGACAUUCCCACGUGUCCACACAAGCUGAGACCGUUGAAAGAGACUGAAGGGAUCACUUCCAUCAUUAAAAAUUGUGUGCAUUUGACAAGCGUGUAAAUAAGCUCAAAUGAAACAUUAGGUUUACGUUUCAGUAAUACCAAAUACAGGCUUAUAACUCUAAAAAAAAAAAAAGAGAGAAAAGAGUUAUGUGAAUCUAUUUU